AUGGAGUCAGAAGCAUACAGGCAGGCGAGCAGAGCUCCGCUUCUGCAGGGUGUGAUGUGGACAAUGGCUAUUGUGCCCUUGGUGUUCGUUCUGAUGCGAUUAUACGUUCGAGUUGUGAUGAAGCGGGUUUUUGGUUGGGAUGAUUUUAUUAUCAUUGUCGCAACAGGCUGCUUGAUCGCUUAUGCUGCUGUCUGUCAUGUUGCCGCUACGAUAGGCCUUGGAAGGCAUCUUACCGUCGUCCUCGAGGAAAACCCAAAUCAUGUCAUCGAUGUAGCGCUGCUAUGCGAUAUUGGUGAAGCUUUGGCCAUCAUGGCCUGCACGUUGGGUAAAACUUCAUUUGCGGUGACUCUACUUCGCAUCGUUGUUCACAGAUGGAUGAUAAUCGUGCUCUGGUUUGUUAUUGUCACCAUGAACUUGGUCAACGUCUUGGCAGCCUUGUUCAUCUUUGUACAAUGCAAGGAUCCAAGGCACCUCUGGAACUCUGCCAUUCCAUCAGAAUGCUGGCCCGCAGAUGUCUUUACACACUUCUCGCUGUUCGUGGGUGCUUAUUCCGGGGCGCAAGAUUUUGUGCUAGCUCUACUGCCCUGGACACUUGUUUGGAAUCUCCAAAUGAAAAAGAAAGAGAAGACUGGUAUUGCUUUCGCUAUGAGUCUGGGCGUGUUCGCUGGCGCGGCCUCGAUCGUCAAGACAACGUACUUGGUAGCACUGUCCGAGAAGGCAGACUUUACUUGGGAACUUGCUCCGCUGCUCUAUUGGGCAGCUGUCGAAGAUGGAUUGGCCAUCACUGCGGCCGCUAUCUCUACCCUGAAGCCUCUGCUUGCCAGAGUUUUCCCAGGAUCGUCCAUCAACAAUAACUACAACAUGAUUUCUUAUUCUACGGCACCGAAUCGCAAAGUCUUCGAUAACUCACAAGGCGAAACGCGUACCGACAUCGGGCAUUCAAGUAUUCAUGAGAGAGGAAGUCAGACUGCUAUCUUGGCGCCCCUUUCUCCAAAAAGGGAUGAGACUAUCAACUUGACAACAGAAGUUUCUGUCACUUACAAUCGCCCUUCAUGA